UUUUAGCAAAUAUUUGCUGCUACGAAGUUACGAACUCUUUCAUGAAAUAUUUUGAAAUAUUUUCUGUUUUAAUGGAUAGCGAAUAGUAUUGUGAGGCGUUUUGCUAAAGCUGGAAAUAAUAGUUUAUCUGGAAGGUGCUCAAAAUGGCUAGCCAAAAACACGGAAAAAUUGUUCGUGGGUUUUCAAUGGUUGACCCAGAGUUAGUUUCAAAGCUUCACACAGACAUAAAGACAAAAGGCAAAGACGACGAGGAAAUGGACAAUAGUUAUGGUUAUAAUUUUCGAGAGAUUGCACACUUCAAUUUCACCUUACCAGAUUUUUCACAAUUCGAUCAGGAGCUCGUUGAUUUUAUAAUGAAGGAUUUGAUUGAGAAUUCUACAUUAAAAGCUCUUGAGGAGUCAGGUCAUCUUAAUUGGUGGGUGAAGGGAUCCAGCUUGCAACGUUUGUAUCCAUUGCUGACGUUAGGUGAUGGUAACUGUUUACUACACGCUGCAUCACUUGGAAUUUGGGGCAUUCACGAUCGAUUGUUAAACCUACGUCAGGCAGUCUACCAUACACUAUCUUCCAACUUAGCGGAGACGACAUUGAAGCGACGUUGGCUUUUCUACACAUGGGUGAAAAACCUGCAAGAGGGACUGGUGUUUAGUGCAGAAGAGUGGGAGAAUGAGUGGAAAUCUGUACUUAAUAUGGCUGAUGUUAAACCUAGAUCACCACAACAACUAUCUACUGUCCCUGAGGGAAAUACCAUUGAGAAUGAGGAAAGUAUGACUAAGGAGGAUAGUACAGAAAAUAUCGGUAACAGCUGGCAACCGUCUUAUGAAAGUCUGGAGGAAAUCCAUAUUUGUUCCCUAGCACAUGCUCUUCGUCGACCAGUCAUUGUUGUCUCUGAUAACUGGGUUUAUGACUUUCAUGGCAAUGCUAUGUCACCGAUUCCAUUCGCUGGUGUUUAUCUUCCAGUUGAGUAUGAACCUGCAGAAUGUUGCCGUAUCCCUCUAGUGCUUGCGUAUUCAUCAUCUCACUUUUCACCUGUUGUGUCAACUGAGCUGUUGCCUCAGAUUACAGAAGAUAACGCCACUAGUUUGAUCACCUCUGAUGAUGACAAACCUGAGACUUCUUCAGGUUCCGAUCCUGAUUGUCCCACAACUCAUUCAGCAUCAAAAACCUCAGAUGUUGCAACAACAACACCUUCAACAAUUAUCCAAGCAAUGUCAUCAUUUAUUAAAGUGACAAAAUCCACAUUAUUUGAAGCAGCCAAGUCAUUAAGUCCAUCAAGUAUGCUUACAACUAUUCCUACAUCACCUACAAACAAAACAAUAUUUGCGGCAAUUCCUCUUGUUGACAAAGAUUUGAAAACUUUACCGUUACCAUUUGCUGCAAUCCCAGAUACAAAUUGGGAUUGGUUGAAUCAAGAAAAUUGUGAGGACAUUGUAAAGGAAAAAACUUUAUCAGAAGAUAAGCGAAUGUCUUUGCUUAAAAAGUAUCUUGAUGUUGCUGAAAUUGAUAUUACUGACAAUGGGGGUCAGCGUCAGGAAGUAUCUGGUGAAGCUGAUGGUGAAACAGGAAAGAAUCAAGCAGAUGUAAAAGAACAAUCUGAUCAAGUUGAAUUAAACCAAACCUAUAAAAUUCCAGUUGCUGUUCUGCCUUGUGAUAACCAACCAAGUUUUUAUAAAGAAGUGAUUAAAGGGUAUUUAGAAAAAGCCAAACAGAGAUUUGAUUUUGAUAAAGAAACAAAAGUAAUCAAACCAGAACCGACUGAAAGCUUGAAAUGUGCAAAUGAUGGAUGUGAUUUAUAUGGCACUGUUGCAAAUAAUUAUCUUUGUACAAAGUGCUUUCAACUUCAAACGAAAUCAAUUCAUUCAAUUGUAAAGUAUCAAGAACAUCAUCAGCCUCCUCCAUACAAUCCACCCUCGUAUUCAGAUGCAGUCGGUAAUGAUCAAGUAUUUUAUUCUCCAAGUUUUACAGGCCAAUCGUCAGACAGUUCAUCAACAAAAGAGAUGACAACUUUGAAAGAAAUGUCCACGCAAUGUCGAGCUGACGGCUGUACAUUCUAUGGCACUUCCGAUAAAAAUGGAUUUUGUUCAAAGUGUUAUGAAAAAAACAAAAAGUAACAGUGAGGAGAUAGUUAAAUGCAGAAGUUUUUAAACAGAACAAAUAGUGCUUUAUUGCAAAUUCAAGUAGAAAGAU